AUCACUAGUCGUCUGUUGAAUACUGAAACUGAAAUGAAAAUAUAUUCUAUAAUUUAAGUUGUGCAUAAUUUCCUGCAAAAAAAUUAUCCAAUUAAAAACUAAACAACUCUUCUUUUGUUAGAGAAAUAUUUUUUCACAAUGAGUUAUUUGAGUCGUGGUGGGUUAACAAGGCGGUCAGAUGACACGAUGGACGAUGAUACCGAUGAUAAAGAUGAUACUAAAAGAAAAUCACGAAACUUGAGUGAGAAAAAACGUAGGGACCAAUUCAAUAUGCUUAUCAACGAGUUGAGCUCAAUGGUAUCAACCAACAGCCGCAAGAUGGAUAAAUCCACUGUAUUGAAAUCAACAAUUGCUUUUCUGAAAAAUCAUAACGAAAUUGCUGUAAGAUCAAGUGUAAACGAAAUUCAAGAGGAGUGGAAGCCUUCAUUCCUAUCCAAUGAAGAAUUCGCACACUUAAUAUUAGAGGCUCUUGACGGCUUUAUCAUGGUAUUCUCUUCUUCGGGACGAAUAUUGUAUGCAUCAGAAAGUAUAACGUCGCUUCUUGGACACUUACCAAAUGACCUUCUUAAUACGACAAUUUAUGACAUUAUAUUUGAUUAUGAUCAUUCAGAACUGUAUAACAUUCUUCUGAAUCCAACAACCAACGUGCAGUAUGACCAGACCAAAGAUAACCAAAUCUCCUUUAUUUGUCAUUGUAAGCGAGGUAAUAUUGAUUUCAAAGAAGAAGCCAUCUACGAAUUGGUCCAGUUUGUUGGAUAUUUCAGAGCUGACUUGGAUUCAUUACAGAUUGACAACCGUAGCUCUUCCAAUUGUUACUCAGGGUUCUCUGGUGAAUCAGAUACAAGAUUGGUGUUUGUGGGAACUGGUCGCCUGCAGACCCCUCAGCUCAUCAGGGAGAUGUCACUUGUCGAUUCAACUAAAAGCGAGUUCACGUCUCGACACAGUCUUGAAUGGAAGUUCUUAUUCUUAGAUCAUAGGGCACCUCCAAUUAUUGGUUACUUACCUUUCGAGGUGUUGGGCACUUCAGGAUAUGACUACUACCAUGUUGACGAUCUAGAUCGAGUUGUUUCAUGUCAUGAAGCUUUGAUGCAAAAAGGAGAGGGAACUUCCUGUUAUUAUAGGUUUCUGACGAAAGGACAACAAUGGAUUUGGUUACAAACAAGAUUUUAUAUCACUUAUCACCAAUGGAAUUCAAAACCAGAAUUCAUUGUUUGUACUCAUAGAGUUGUAAGCUACAUCAACGUUUUAAAGCAGAUGAGGAAGAAUGCUGAUAUGCCUGACUCUGAGAACAGUCGAGACACUGAUCUAUCUCUUGAAUCUUCUGAUCAGUACUCCAAUGAUUGGUCUUCUAAGUCAAUACUGAACAAAACGCACGGCGGAAGUAGAUACUCGAAAAGAAGUAGCAGCAGACACGGCCAAAGAUCGCAUCAGGGAUCCGACUCAAACCAGAUGAGCGCUGACUCACCAGCUUCCAGGCAACGGAGGACGCCUCAAAAAACGAGAACCAGUCGUGCGACAACUGGGCAAACCAUGCUGGUGCAGUCUGAACCACAGCAGCCGCCGCCUGCGGAGCUGGUGACCGGGUUUGCGGAGCCGCAGACUCAACCGCAGCUGCAGCCGCAAGCGUAUCCAGUGUCAGCCGCAGCCAUCCCCGUGCAGCCAGUACUGGCGGCCAGUUUUCCGGCACCUGCGGCUAUGCUCACCUCUAUACACCUGCAUCCAACACCUGCUGUCGAGACAUCGGACACAUCGCAGCCGCUGGUGAUGACUUCGGCACAGAUGCAGCUGCAAGACGAGCUGCAACGCAAACACGAGCAGCUGCAACAGCACAUAAUGCAACAGCAGGACGAGCUGCGACGAGUGAGCGAGCAGCUGUUGAUGGCUCGCUACGGACUCUUUCCGCAGAUUGUCACCGUGCCCUAUCCUGCUAGUGUGCAUGCGCCCUCAAAUCAGCAGUUUAUCGGCACGCCGGUGGCUCCACCCCCUCCGCCACCGCCAACCUCUACCGCUGCUGAGGUAGUUGAUUCGGCGAUGCCUCUCCAUUUUGGCCAACAGCCAAGUCAGAUGAUGUUCUCUGCUGAUCUUAACUCUCCCAACUCCACUCAGCACAGUCAGUGACUGUAUCGUCGAGACAAAUGGUAGGAGUUGAUAUGAAAGUUUCUGCUAGUCAAGAAUGAUGCCAUUCGAUGCUGGAAUGUAAGUGAAGCCAUACCUUUGGGACCACAAUAUACUUAUUUUAUGUUAGAAAGUCUAGAUAAUUUAAGUUAGAUGUACGAAUAGUCUUUUAGUUUGACAAAGAACAAAGAACUUUCAGUUUGGCCCUUUUGAACAAAGUUAUGCAUUUAAAUAAUAACUAAUUAUAAAUAUAUGUUUUAAGCUGAAACUUAUCUAGUUGAUGAGCUACCACGCUAAAAUCGUUCAUUCUCCUAAUUUUCAAAUAAAUUGGUUGUUUUAUUACAAAGCAUAAAAUUCCAUUUUGUUUUCAAACUAUUUUUCUGAAAGCUUAGAUAAUAUCGUUUCGUUUAAUCGAUGUAAAUGUUAAACGAUUAUGUAGGUUAUAGUAUUAAGUGGCCUACUAAAUUUGUGUGUCAAAUUUCAAAGAGAAGCCAAAUCUGAAUGAUAUAUUUUGGAUUACUUAUUGCUACAGUUAUUUGAGUUUGAUAUUUUAUUGACCUCACCUUAGUGUUGUGAUAUUUGAAAUGAAGUUAAAAUACUCGUUAUUAGGCGGAGUUAAUACUUUAAUGUAAAUAAUCAUUGUGCGAUUGGACCUUGUUUAUUCCAUUAUCGUGUAUUGUUUAUCAACGUCACUAUGUUCUAAAAAAAUCAAAACAGGAAUAAUUGUGUGUACGUAAGUGUUGGUGGUUCUAAAAAUUGACCAAUAGUUUUUGAAAAUUACGGGCUAAUAAUCUGAUUGGAAGAUCAUAUUAUUCACAUUGGAAAUGAUACGAUUACAAUCGUAAGAUGAUCGCUUAUACAAGAGUAUUUUCCUUGUUCUAGUUCUAUUAAUUUUAUACCCAUUUAAAAUCAGUCUUUUGUUCUCUCUUGAAAAUGUGCAAGAAUUUAUUAUGUACUGAGAUUCAUCUGUGCGUAAAUUCUUCUUAUUUCGGCCUAUCUUAAGCUAGGUUUAGACUAUGUAGCAGAGCUACAUAUAGCUCUGAUUCUCUUUUAUGUUUACCGAAAAUUUUGGAUAGCUCAUUUUCUGCUAUAUAGCUGAGAAAAUAGGCUUAAAACUGCUAUAUAGCAGAUUUCCAGUGUCACUUUUUGAACAUGUAGUAGAGCUAUAUAGCUGAGCUACAAGUAGCUCUGCUACAUAGUGUAAACCUUGCUUAAGAGCAUGCUAAGAUAUCAGUAGGCUACUUUGAUUUGAGUUGCUACUUCUAAAUCUGUCUUUAAUAUUUUACAAAUUGAUGUGAAAUUAGUUUCUAUUUUUAAGGAAUGUCUUUCUAUUAUGCUUGUAUUAUACUAUGAUCAUUGUAUUGCAGUUGAAUAUUCAAUUUGUAAACAAUAUUAUUAUGACGAGCGCUGAUUUUUUUCAAGUGAAUUGUAGUUUGAACAUUUUCUCUGGUUAAUGUUAAUAACAUGAAUAGUUCUUUAAUAUUAUCCAGUGUUUAUGUACUAUGCUGCAGUAAGCUUCAAAUAAACAGGCUUCAAGCAAAUCUUACUAUUAUUUAUUAUCAAGUCUCCCUCUUCCUUAUUGAUUAUUUGCAACUUUCUCAUUAUUAUUACCUGCUGCAUAUUUGACUCUAAGGCUGGGGUUGGACCAAACCAGCGAAUGCUUGUUCUUCUUUCUUUAUUGAUUCAUACAAUAAGUACAUAAUCAAAAUUGAAAAAAAUAAGAUAACCUUGUGCUAUUCCUCUCCCAAAUUUAGAUAAGGUUACACAUAGUCCGAAAUGUAUGUAUAGUUCUGAACAAAGAUCAUAAAAAUCCGGAUAAAACCUGUUUAAAAGCUCUAAAGCCAUUAGAACUAACAUAGGAUUCACACACUUGGAGACAUAAUUUAUCAUGCUUCUCAUAUAUAUCGGUUUGUCUCUAUGUGUUUUAUCCUCCAGAAUUUGUGCUCUAGCUCUAUGCUCCUUCGGUUCAGCUCCAGCCUUACACUGACAUUCUAUAUAAAGUACCAUACAUUGGUUUUACCGUAUCAUUCAAGUACUAUUCACUAUUUUCCUCUAUGGAUGUACCGUACCAUUUUUCAAUUGAUAAAAAAUAUAUUAUCAUCAUUAUUGUGUUAAUCUGGUUUUUGAUUAUCUGAAUUCACAUACAUCAUUGUUCUAAAAUAUUUAUUUUUAGCUGCUAUCACUUGAUUAUAACUGUGGGAAUUAAGAUACACCUUCCUUACAAUAUUCAAAUUCUCUCCCUAAAAAUUAUAGGGUGGUCUUAUAUAAGAUUUUCAAAGUAAUCGGAUUGAAAUGAAACCCUAUUCCAAUUUUCUCACAUUCCAUUUCGAAAAAUGAGGUUUUGACUGAAUUCUCUUCAGUCUCAAAAUUUCCUAGCAUACAAAAAAUAUGUAGAUCUUCAAUGUUUAUUUACUUAUACAUUGAUACAUAGGUUACAACAUCCUUCUCAACUAUGAAUGAUUGGGAAAGGAACAACAGGCUUGAAGCCCAAAACUGUUCCUCUCCCAAAUUUAGAUAGAAAUUGUCCAAAAAUAGGUUAUGUUUACACUUCACGAUUUUUGUCCAAUUUUGUGUCCAAAAAGUUUAUAAACUAUAAAUAUGUUGCCUAUAUUUGGAAAACUUUCAGUAUCAUAAUCCAAAAUUUUAGAAUUUAGGAAUAAUCAAGUACAUUUGUUGUUUCGCGGUAUUCUGUACUCUGUUCGUUUUUCUGCAGAGAAAAGUAGAAAAGAUAAAUCUACAAAAUUUAUGAAGAAUCGAGUUGGCAACUCGUUGCAUAGUUUUGUAAAAUAUUCCACUUUAUUGACAUUGCAUGUCAUUGUCAAAAAACUAUGAUUUUUCUAAAAUUAAACUGCACAGGGUAUAAAUUGGAUUGAACGUCUUUGUUGAAGAACAAUAACUUUUUUCUAAAAGCUAUUAGCAACACAGGGUAUAAAUUGUGUAUUUCGCUUAAUGUAUACUAAUAAUUAUUGUUGUAUUAUAUAUUAUAUAUAUUUAUAUCCAUGUUGUGAAUUGUAUAAUAUUUAUAUAACUAAUCAUACUGUAUUUAUAUAAAUAAUUGAAAUUACCUACCUUAUGAUAAUAUAUUUUAUACAAGAUGUACACCUGGAAGUGAGGAAUACCUGUGAGGUAUUAUUAUUCUUUGUAAUGUACUCUUUGUAAUGAUAUAUUUUCCAAGUAUAUUAUAUGCAUAAUCCAAUAUCCAAGUAGUAUAAUAUAUAGCUGUACAGUAUGUCUAAAGUGUAGUAGAAUAUACUUUGAAGAUCAGUAUUUCUAUAGUUUGAUAUUGUAAAAUGUGAAAAGUGUGAUUUAUCUCAAGAUAACGGUGUUCUAUGGAAAAAUUAUGUGUCUUUAUAUUAUUAUGAAUGUGAUUUUAUAUGUUACUGUAUAUUUCAUAAGAAUAUGUUUAUCACUAGUGCUCAUAUUUGAAUUGAAUAUCAUUACCAUUUUAGUGUAUUUUAGGAAUCCUCUAAUCAUUUUAGAUGUUGUUCGUAUAUAGUAAGCUUUACUGAAGUUAUUUUUUAUACCAUUAGAAUUCAGUUACCAAAAUGUGAACCGUCAAAAAUGGGUACUUGUAGUCAAUUCUUCAAAAAUUUUACUCCUAUCAAUUAACUGGUCUAUCGUCCGUGAAUAAACAUAUAAUAAAAUUAUUAUAGCUUUUUUUAAGAUGAAUAUGAAAUACUAAAUUAUUAUCUUUAUUGAACAAUGUUGGAGAACUGAAAAUGUCAUUUUGCAAAGUAAUUUUCUACGGCUAGGUCAUUGUUCAUUUUUAAAAGUCCUUUAUUUCCUUGUGUCAUUUUUUAAAUAAUUCAUGCUCCACUGUGAAAAAUCCCUGGCCGUUUGUACUGUAUCGAUUUAUCUUUUAAAAUUUGUAAUAUAAUUUUUGAAUUCUAUUUUAUUUUUAUACGCGUUAUAGCCUUUAUUUGUUUUGCAUUGUAGUAGUUAUUAGAAUAAACUGCACAUGCGCAGUGAUAGCAGAUAAAAUCCUAAAAUUUAUCAAUAUUAGUACAAAUUGUCAUGUUCCAAACUAUAUCAAAUACCAAAACUUUCAAUUAUAAA